CGCCCCCGCCCCUUGUUAAUUUCCAUGAUCCUGAAAUGUCAAAGUUUACUAAUAGCCCCUCUCUCCAAGCUCACUUACAGGCCCUCCAAGCAGUACAACGAGAGGUCUGGAAGCCACUGGCCGCUGCCUAUCAGGACCAGCUGGACCAGCCAGUGAUACCACACCCCUUCCGUGUCGGCGACACCGUGUGGGUACGCCGGCACCAGACUAAGAACUUGGAACCUCGCUGGAAAGGACCCUACACCGUCCUGCUGACCACCCCCACCGCUCUCAAAGUAGACGGCAUCGCUGCGUGGAUCCACGCCGCUCACGUAAAAGCGGCGACAACCCCUCCGGCCGGAACAGCAUCAGGACCGACAUGGAAGGUCCAGCGUUCUCAAAACCCCUUAAAGAUAAGAUUAACCCGUGGGGCCCCCUAAUAAUCCUGGGGAUCUUAAUAAGGGCAGGAGUAUCAGUACAACAUGACAGCCCUCAUCAGGUCUUCAAUGUUACUUGGAGAGUUACCAACUUAAUGACAGGACAAACAGCUAAUGCUACCUCCCUCCUGGGGACAAUGACCGAUGCCUUUCCUAAACUGUACUUUGACUUGUGCGAUUUAAUAGGGGACGACUGGGAUGAGACUGGACUCGGGUGUCGCACUCCCGGGGGAAGAAAAAGGGCAAGAACAUUUGACUUCUAUGUUUGCCCCGGGCAUACUGUACCAACAGGGUGUGGAGGGCCGAGAGAGGGCUACUGUGGCAAAUGGGGCUGUGAGACCACUGGACAGGCAUACUGGAAGCCAUCAUCAUCAUGGGACCUAAUUUCCCUUAAGCGAGGAAACACCCCUCAGAAUCAGGGCCCCUGUUAUGAUUCCUCAGCGGUCUCCAGUGACAUCAAGGGCGCCACACCGGGGGGUCGAUGCAAUCCCCUAGUCCUGGAAUUCACUGACGCGGGCAAAAAGGCCAGCUGGGAUGGCCCCAAAGUAUGGGGACUAAGACUGUACCGAUCCACAGGGACCGACCCGGUGACCCGGUUCUCUUUGACCCGCCAGGUCCUCAAUAUAGGGCCCCGCGUCCCCAUUGGGCCUAAUCCCGUGAUCACUGACCAGUUACCCCCCUCCCGACCCGUGCAGAUCAUGCUCCCCAGGCCUCCUCAGCCUCCUCCUCCAGGCGCAGCCUCUAUAGUCCCUGAGACUGCCCCACCUUCUCAACAACCUGGGACGGGAGACAGGCUGCUAAACCUGGUAGAUGGAGCCUACCAAGCUCUCAACCUCACCAGUCCCGACAAAACCCAAGAGUGCUGGUUGUGUCUGGUAGCGGGACCCCCCUACUACGAAGGGGUUGCCGUCCUAGGUACUUAUUCCAACCAUACCUCUGCCCCAGCUAACUGCUCCGUGGCCUCCCAACACAAGCUGACCCUGUCCGAAGUGACCGGACAGGGACUCUGCGUAGGAGCAGUUCCCAAAACCCAUCAGGCCCUGUGUAAUACCACCCAGAAGACGAGCGACGGGUCCUACUAUCUGGCUGCUCCCGCCGGGACCAUUUGGGCUUGCAACACCGGGCUCACUCCCUGCCUAUCUACCACUGUACUCGACCUCACCACCGAUUACUGUGUCCUGGUUGAGCUCUGGCCAAAGGUGACCUACCACUCCCCUGGUUAUGUUUAUGGCCAGUUUGAGAGAAAAACCAAAUAUAAAAGAGAGCCGGUGUCAUUAACUCUGGCCCUGCUGUUGGGAGGACUUACUAUGGGCGGCAUAGCUGCAGGAGUAGGAACCGGGACUACAGCCCUAGUGGCCACCAAACAAUUCGAGCAGCUCCAGGCAGCCAUACAUACAGACCUUGGGGCUUUAGAAAAGUCAGUCAGUGCCCUAGAAAAGUCUCUGACCUCGUUGUCUGAGGUGGUCCUACAGAACCGGAGGGGAUUAGAUCUACUGUUCCUAAAAGAAGGAGGAUUAUGUGCUGCCCUAAAAGAAGAAUGCUGUUUCUACGCGGACCACACUGGCGUAGUAAGAGAUAGCAUGGCAAAGCUAAGAGAAAGGUUGAACCAGAGACAAAAAUUGUUCGAAUCAGGACAAGGGUGGUUUGAGGGACUGUUUAACAGGUCCCCAUGGUUCACGACCUUAAUAUCCACCAUUAUGGGCCCCUUGAUAAUACUUUUAUUAAUCCUACUCUUCGGACCCUGUAUUCUCAACCGCUUGGUCCAGUUUGUAAAAGACAGAAUUUCGGUAGUGCAGGCCCUGGUUUUGACCCAACAGUAUCACCAACUCAAAUCAAUAGAUCCAGAAGAAGUGGAAUCACGUGAAUAA